UAGUAAGAUUAGUUCAUUGGAACUGGCUGGAGUUGCCUUGGGUCAAGCAGAGGACUAAUAAGCAAGGUAAUGCAACUGCAGCUAGUGGGCGCUACUGCCAGCCAGAAGAGGAAGUGGCCCGCCCGCCUUUUGACCAUGGCUGGGGUUCCUGAGGAUGAACUCAACCCUUUUCAUGUGCUGGGGGUUGAAGCUACAGCAUCAGAUAUUGAACUGAAGAAGGCCUAUAGGCAGCUAACGGUGAUGGUUCAUCCUGAUAAAAAUCAUCAUCCCAGGGCUGAGGAGGCCUUCAAAGUUUUGUGGGCAGCUUGGGACAUUGUCAGCAACUCAGAGAGGCGGAAGGAGUAUGAGAUGAAACGAAUGGCAGAGAAUGAGCUGAGCUGGUCAGUGAAUGAGUUUCUGUCGAAGCUACAAGAUGACCUCAAGGAGGCAAUGAAUACCAUGAUGUGUAGCCGAUGCCAAGGAAAGCAUAGGAGGUUUGAAAUGGACCGGGAACCUAAGAGUGCCAGAUACUGUGCUGAGUGUAACAGGCUGCAUCCUGCUGAGGAGGGAGACUUUUGGGCAGAGUCGAGCAUGUUAGGUCUCAAGAUCACCUACUUUGCACUGAUGGAUGGAAAGGUCUAUGACAUCACAGAGCGGGCUGGAUGCCAGCGUGUGGGAAUCUCUCCAGAUACCCACAGAGUUCCUUACCACAUCUCAUUUGGUUCUCGGGUUCCUGGCACCAGUGGUCGGCAGAGGGCCACUCCAGAGGCCCCUCCUGCUCACCUGCAGGAUUUCUUGAGCCGGAUCUUUCAAGCACCCCAGGGCAGAUGUCCAAUGGGAACUUCUUUGCAACGCCUCACCCUGGCCCUGGGGCCACUCCGACCUCCAAGCCCAGCAGUACAGUACCCAAGGAGAAGCCACACCUAA